AGAAGAAUCGCAGGAAGACUCGCAUAGAAAUCAAAUUGGAGUCGAUUUGAUCGAUACAAAGGAACGGAUCAUCCACCAUGGCCGCAUCUUCUUCAUCAUCAUCGAUAACUAAUCUGUUGCUCGCCAUUCACGAGAAGAAGGCGACCACAGUCGACCUCUACCGUCCUCUCCGUAACUACGUCGCUUUCACCUACUCCGAGCGCGAGGCUCAGCUUCUAGAAGACGACCUCGAGACUCUGAAUCAGCUCCGCUCCGACAUCGAGCGCGUGCAGGAUCCCUCGCCGGCGGCUCGCCGUGACCUUCUCAUCUCUUAUUAUAAAGCUCUAUGUCUGGUGGAGACACGAUUUCCCAUCUCCCCCGAGAAACAUCACGUCAACACCGUUUCCUUCAUCUGGUACGAUGCCUUUAAGCCCAAGCAGAAGGCCACACAGCAGAACAUUCAUCUCGAGAAGGCCGCUGUUCUGUUCAAUCUCGGAGCUAUAUACAGUCAGAUCGGACUGAGCUACGACCGCACCACCAUCGAUGGACGCCGCCAGGCUUCCCACGCGUUCAUCGCAGCCGCUGGUACCUUUGCGUUUUUGAGGGACAAUGAGUCCACAAAAGCGUCGAUUGGUCAGAGCACCUCUGUCGACGUGUCCGUGGAAUGCGUGGGUAUGCUGGAACGGCUGAUGUUGGCGCAGGCCCAGGAAUGCGUCUUUGAGAAUACCAUCGCCAAAGGGAGCACCCCUGGUGUUUGUGCUAAAAUUUCUAGGCAGGUUGGGUUAUACUAUGAGGAAGCUUUGGCUGCAUUAUAUGCUUCCCCACUGAAGGAUCAUUUCGAGAAGGGUUGGAUAUCUCAUGUGCAGCUCAAAGCAGCUCUCUUUCAUGGGGAAGCUUGUUAUAGGUAUGGACUGGAGUUGCAUGAAAAAGAAGAAAUUUCGGAAGAAAUUGCACGGCUGAGGAGCAGUAUCAGUCGUUUGGCAGAAGCGAAGAAAUCUUCAAAAGGUGCUCCUGCACAGCUUCAAGAAGCCAUCAACAAGCUAGAGGCCAGCAUUAAUUGUAAUUUGGAUAGGGCUGUCAAGGAAAAUGACAGGGUUUACCUGAUGAGAGUACCUUCUCCUAGUUCUUUGUCUCCACUUCCCGCUUUUUCCAUGGUUAAGCCGAUGGACAUGAGCGACAUAUUGGAUGCUAGCAAGGAGAAAAUGUUCACGAAUCUUGUUCCAGACAGCAGUGCAAAAGCUCUCUCCAGAUACACUGAGAUGGUUGAUGACGUAAUUAGGACACAGACUGAGAGAUUGCAACAAGCUAGUGACCUAACUCGAGUAAGGCUCAAGGAGAUGGAUCUUCCAGAUUCUAUUCUUGCACUGGAUGGACACCUAUCUCUCCGUGUUGAUCUUAAAGAUGACGUGGAAGCUGUUCAGAUUAGUGGAGGUCCUACUGGCUUGGAAGCCGAACUGCAACAGCUUAGAGAUUUGAGAAGGGUAAACCAUGAGCUGUUGAUCCAUACUGAAGAGCUUUUGCAGAAAGAAUGCACAGAAGACGCCCAGUUCAGAAGCCAAUUUGGGACUCGGUGGACUAGGCCUCAAUCUAGCACGCUGACAAAGAACUUGCAGGAUAGGUUAAAUCGGUUUGCAGCCAAUAUAAAGCAAGCUGCAGAAAGUGAUGUGAAGAUUGAGCGGUCCGUGAGAGAUAAUUCUGCACUCAUGUCAAUUCUUGAUCAUCGACCGAUUGAGUCUGCCCUUCCAAAUCUGGCCAGGCCAAUAAUGUCUCUAGAUGCAACAGAAGAUACUACUGUGGGAACUCUGAAGCAGAGUCUGAGGCAGCUGGAAAAUCUUGGUGCUCAACGUGCAGGUCUGGAAGACAUGCUCAAAGAGAUGAAGAGAAAGGAUGACAUACUACCAAAGCUGAUGACAUCCACCAGAUCCUACGAAGAUCUGUUCCGGAAGGAGAUAUCAAAGUAUGAUCACAUCUGCGAAGAAAUUUCCCAAAACAUCGAAACACAAGAACAACUGUUGAUGCAAAUUCAGUCCCAAAAUGAAGAAUUCUCUGCUAUUUUCAAUCUCGAAGACUAUAAAGCUUCCAGAGAGAAAUGUUACAAGCAGAUUCAAGCUGCUAUAGACAAGUAUCGCGAGAUCAAGGAGAACAUUAAUGAGGGCUUGAAAUUUUAUGUGACUCUCCAGGAUGCAAUCACGAAUGUGAAACAGCAAUGCAGCGAUUUUGUGAUGACAAGGAGCAUCCAAUGCCGGGAAAUGAUGGGAGAUGUGCAGAGACAGAUGGCUGGUCUCAGUUUUCAGGAUCAGAGGAGCAGCAGUUCCUACCCACCUGUGCAUCAUCCUCCUUCUGGUUCACCAACUCCACCAGAAAAUCAGAACCCUUCUCAUCAUCACCCACAACCCCCAUACUAUAGGCCACCUGAGCAACCUUCAAGGCCGGGAUAUGGCAACCCCGUCUAUGGUGGCCCUCAGAUACGGCCUCCUUACCACACACCGAAUGGGCAGGCUCCUCCAUACCCUCCACCUCCUAAUGCCCAGCAGCAGCCAUACCCAGGGUGGCAAGGCUCAUACUACAAUCCCCAAGUGCAGCAGCCAGGUUCAGGUUCGUUUCCACAACCUCCUUAUACUGUCCAGAGCCCAUACCCACCACCUCACCAAGGCGGUUACUACAGGCAGUGAGUCAUGUCUUGCGAGUAAUAAACUGUGGCUAUGAACUUGUUGGUGUUGAUAGAUUGUUUGAUUGUCUUUUGUGGGAGUGCCCGUUAUUGAGGAAGGUCUUGUUGAAAUUUGAGAUAUGAACGGGUAAUAACUCUUUUUAAAAGCACAGAUGGUGUCUUUUGAUGGUAUUAUACACGCUGGGGAAGUUGCAUGUGUCAUAAAAUUAAAAGUAUGAGAAUAAGCCUUCUUUCC